AUGACAACCUUCGCCGCCGCUCCAACUCCCACUCCCUCCGGAUCAAGCCAUCUCAAAUACCUCCGCGAAUGCCUCAAACUCGCCGAAAACUCCCCUCCACGCCCAACAAACUUCCGCGUAGGAGCGAUAUUAAUCCUCCGCCAUGACACCCCCGACGACACCUCCGAUGAUGACAAAAUUCUCUCUACAGGCUACACAAUGGAAUUGCCCGGCAACACCCACGCCGAACAAUGCUGUCUCCAAAACUAUGCCGCGGCGCACGGAGUCUACGAAGAAUCAGUAGCAGACGCCUUCCCACCGGCAGCAGAACGAAACGGGCGCAAGAUUUUACUCUACGUGACCAUGGAGCCUUGCGGAGUCCGUCUAAGCGGGAAUAGGCCCUGUGUGCAUCGCAUAAUUCAGACACGAAAGAGCUCAAACGAUAGCAAUAACAACAACGGGAUAGAUAAAGUCUACUUCGGGGUAAAAGAGCCCGGCACAUUCGUCGGCGAGUCGCAGGGGUGUAAGAUGUUGACUGAAGCCGGUGUACAAUGGGAGUUCGUGGGUGGAUUGGAGAAUGAGAUUCUGGCUGUUGCGACGGCGGGGCAUGAGAAGGGAAAUAAGAAGCAGGCAGCCGAUGAGCGGGGGACGAAUAUUGAGGCUAUUUCGCAGGAGGAGAGGGAGAGGCAGGAUAAGCUGCCUAGGAAUCCGAAGAAGAGGAUGAUGGAGACUAGUUUACAGUAA